AUGGCGGUAAUGAGUCAUCGACAUACUGCCGACUUCCGCAAGCUUCGAGAGGGCUUGAAGGAGAAGACUAAGCUGGCCAAGGAACAGGCCAAGGAGAUCGAGGUAUUGAGUAAGAGCCUUGAAGAUGAGAAGGCAGUCUGGGCUAGCGAGAAAGCCGCCUUCGAGAACAGGAUCAAGGAUUUGACAAGCCAAAGAGACAGUGUCCAACGUAAACGAGACGAGAUCAUCGAGGAGUGGAAAACCUCAAAGUCCGGUCUCGAGUUUGCGGCGAACAUGGGUUUGAAGGCGUCUGAAGUGGCUGCUCGAGAGGCGGUGGAUAGGCUCCAGAAUUCCUUUAGGAAAGUGUAUCCUCAGGCCAACUGGUCUCCGAUCGAGGCAGAGUACAACAUCUCUGUCGAUGCGGCCUUCCACGAAGGCAAUGAGGCCAGUCCCGUGCUCGAGGUGGAUGAUGCCAUUGAUGUUGCCGAGAUCCUGGGCGAGGAUCCCCAACAAGCCGGGGACCCUCAAGCCUCUGUGGAGCCCGGACUGUCGAUUAGGGUGCUAGCCCUGGCGCGAAGGUCUGCCCCCGGACUAGCCCCUGGGACUGCUUCGAGGGAGAUUUCAUGGGACGAGAGGAAUGAUCUUGUCAAUCGACUACACUUGUCUGAGUUGCGGCUCUCUGAGGCCCAAGAGUCGAUGGCCAAUUCUAUGAAAGCCUUCGAGGAGAAGAUGGCAGAAUUGGAGCAAGCCCGGGACAUCGCCCUUAAACAAAGGGACUCUGCCAGCAAGAGGCCUAGGGCUGCAGCCAAGGAUUGCAAGAGGGCUGAGGAGAAGAUCGAGAAAACUCGAAAGAGUGCUGAGGAGGCCAUUGCCAAGGCUCGAGAGUGCCGGGAGGCCGUGGUCCUUGACUGGAAGGAGUCUGAGGAAGGAAGGACCUUCCUCGAGGAUGCCUCCCUGCAGGCAUCUGAGAUUGGACAGACCGAAGCUCUCCGCAAAGUGCGGUUGGUUCUCGAGAAGCUUGCCCCCAGCCUUCCUUGGAGCGAGGUUGAGGAGGGUGUCAAGGCGCUUUCCCAAGAGGAGGGGCCGGUCGAGGACCAAGUUCCUCGUUCGGCCAAUCUCGAGGGAUGA